CAUCAUGCGAUUUGCGUCGUUCGUGAAUGUUUAAAAACAAAAUGGAGGAACAACAUUCUUCAAGUUCGUCACCAGCAGACGACAGACCACCAAGUGUGUUCCGUGACUUGAUCGAGAUGGCCCGUAGCCGUGGACUAUCGGAUAUCGAAUAUAUUCAAGAUGGAUUGAAACAUUGGCUGAACAUCGGCCCGUCCACGUCUUAUCGCGUCCCGUACGGCUACAGUGCCCAUUUGAUGCAACUUCACAUUGAUAGUGAUUUAAAUUUUUAUCUUGAAGCUUUGAACCGUCUGGUGAACACGGGAAGCAUCCGAUCUGCGUCGUGCGACCGAGUCGAUCCGAAUUUAGCCGCCCCUCUUUUAGAUUCGUUGAACGGCGGCCUCACCGUCUGUCACGGACGAGGUCACGUUCCAGAUGAAUUUCUAGACCAAUCGCAUCGGAAACAAGCCAUCGAAGAAGGUCUGGCCAAUGGCAACUUCAUUUCGUAUCCGGACAAUCGUUACCGAUCGCACGAUUGCAAAUUCGUGAUUGACGGGCAGAUGGGAGCCACUCAAUGUCCUUCCUGUGCUCAAGCCGACGAUCCACGUCAAUCGUCGGCAGAUGAUGUCCGACCUUUACCCGAAUCGCGGGUAGGACGUGAACAACAAGAUCGGCGUCCACUUUACACGCCGACAACGGGAGUGAGGUCUCCAACAACGUGGACAACAACAACGUCUUGGCCUCGGUGCCAUUUUUGCCAAACGCAGAGUUCGAAGGAUUCACGAACGUAUCAACCGGAUCAUGUUGGCGUACUUCAAACUCAAGACGACCCGACCUGAAUACAUGGAACAUGAGGGUUGAAACCGUUCUACCCAAACCGCAUUUCGAGUUGUUGACGUGAAAUUCUGAAGUCUCGUAACGGACAACUGUUGACUCGUUGCCUUCAACACGAGUUUUGUGGGGAAAAAAUGAUUGGACAAUGUCUUCUCUCGUUAAAUAUCCAAACUGUUUGUUUGGAGUUG